GACAGAAACGGACAGAAGCAGAAAUGUCUGAUCAGUGUGAUCUGUGUCUGCUGGGACUGAUCAUUCUCUCUUCACUUCUCACAGGCACCAGUGGAGCGGAUGAUGAUCAUGUGUUCAUCAGUUCUGGUGUAGAUGUCCGUCUGUCCUGUAAUAAAACUCUUUCUGACUGCAAAUCAACUACAUGGAUCUACUCUAACACCUUCAGACAUUCAGCAACAGUUGAACUGAUUACUUUAGGGAUAAAGAAAGACACAGAGAGACAUGAGAGACUGAGUCUGGAGUCUGACUGCUCUCUGAACAUCAAGAACGUCACAGAAGAAGAUUAUGGAGUAUACGACUGCCUACAAUUUGUGAACGGACAGAAACAAGGAACUGAUGCACGUGUUUAUCUGCAUGUUCUUCAUGUUUCAGUGUCUCCAUCAUCAUCAUCAUCUUCAUCCUCACAGACUGAGAUCAGUCCAGGCCGCUCUGUGACUCUCUUCUGUCAGUUGGAUUCAUAUUUUAGACUCUCCUGUGAUUAUUUGGUUCGUUCUGAGGGAGUUGAGCUGUUGUGGGUGAAUCAGGCUGGUGUUGAUCUGAAGACAGACUCCAGAUAUCAGAUAUCAUCAUCAUCAUCAUCAGAUCAAUAUCACUGUAACAUCACUCUUACUACAACACUCCUGAAUGAAGAUAACAACAGAGAGUGGAGAUGUCAGCUUACUCACAGAAAUCAACUCCAGACGUCAGUCACAUACACUGUCAAGUAUUCAGGUGAUGUGUGUGAACAUUCAUCUUCUGCAGCUCCAGUCUCUUCAACAACACUGACUCCAGUCAGCAGAUCAAACUCUGAGAAGACAUCAAGCAGAACUACAGCAACAGCUCCUACACAAGGUUCAUGAUCACAUGACCACUGGCACACAUCAUCACUCUCGCUUCAGUGGUUUGAUCACACCACAGUAAAAUCAGCCGGAUAAUUCCAUCAAUUCAGUAUUGAAACCUCAAAGGAUAUAUUGUGUUCAUGCAUUAAAAUAUGACAUAUUUCUAUUUCCAUCUUGUUUUCUAAUAGUUGUGACUUCAACUACAUCUACUACAGUAACAGCACGUCCCACAGGAACUGCUGGAUUAUUAUACAGAGUGAUUGUGAGUAUUGUUGAGAUGGCAGUGUUUGCUGCUCCUACUGUGAUUCUUCUUCAGAUCAUCUGUGCAAGAAGAGCUGGGAGGAAGAACUCGAGACACCCGGAAGAAAUAGAGAUGCCUGCAAUACAACAAUAAAA